AUGGAUAUCGACACGAAGAUAAAGGCGUAUCGCUUCGUCGCCUAUUCGGCUGUCGUCUUCUCGGUGAUUGCCGUCCUCUCGGUGUGCAUCACCUUGCCGAUCGUCUACAACUAUGUGCACACAGUGCGUCGACAAUUGCACAACGAAGCUAUACUUUGCAAGGGAUCAGCAAAGGAUGUUUGGGCAGACGUACACAAUCUGAAGAGAUUCCAACUGCCCCACAACCGUACAGCUCGACAGGCCACCUACCCAGCCGAUGCGGAGAUCAAGACCGAGGCAAAGAUCAGCGUCAACACAGGGCCCACCUACGAUUCUGGCUGCGAAGGCUGCUGCAUUCCGGGAGCACCUGGUGCACCCGGUGCCCCAGGUAAACCUGGACGACCUGGAAAGCCUGGAGCACCCGGUAUGCCAGGAAACCCCGGACGUCCUCCCCCAACUCCCUGCGAGAUGGUUACUCCUCCACCAUGCAAACCAUGCCCACAGGGACCUCCUGGCCCACCUGGACCUCCUGGUCCACCAGGAGACAAUGGAGUCAACGGUGAGCAAGGACCACCUGGAGAGGAUGCCGCCCCUGGAGAACAAGGACCUAAAGGUCCACCUGGACCACCAGGAAAGCCUGGAGCACCUGGAGAGGCAGGAGAACCUGGAUUGCCUGCCACCUGCGAACCACCUCAGGCAGGAGAGCCUGGACCAGUUGGUGAGCCUGGACCUGAGGGACCAGUCGGACCCGCCGGUCAGCCAGGAACUGAUGGAGCACCAGGUCAGCCUGGACCCAAAGGACCUCCUGGACCAGACGGCAAGCCAGGAGCUGACGGUAACCCUGGCCAGCCUGGACCUGGUGGACCACCUGGUCAACCAGGAGAACGUGGUAUCUGCCCCAAGUAUUGCGCAAUCGACGGAGGAAUAUUCUUCGAGGACGGCACUCGUCGUUAA